AUGGCGGGCCUGGCGCAGAUGCUCGAGGGCCGGCUGCUCGGCGAAAACGUCCGCCACAGGUACCUCGCUGGGCUCUGGAGUUCGCGGUUCGCCGAGGAUUUGAGCUGCACGACGGUAGAUUUUGAGCCGGGGGCGGAGAGCAUGGCAGGUGUGCCGUCGUGGAGUUGGGCGAGUACGACGGCGGCGAACGAUUACAUUUACGGCCGCCCUUCGGAUACGUAUGUAGAGCUUGUAGACGCCAAGUGUAAGGGGUAUGCGAUGCCGAAGAGUCCGGAGCUGAAGGUCAAGGGGUUUAUCGUGCCACUGUUCAUGAGAGUCGAUCCGAAGAGCAAGGACUAUGAAGGGCGUCCUCAUCGCACAUUCUGGAUGAAUGGGGGUGCGGCAUUGAAAGCGACGACGGAGGGGAUUGAAGCGAAGCGGGACAAGGAAAGGGAAAAGGGCGCGCGCACGACGCAUUUUUUGGUGCUGGAUAUGCCGGUUUGCCCGGUGAAGAGUAGCGGGAAAGCUGCCGCGUUGCCAGACGGUUUCGUUUCGCGCAGGGUGGAUUCAAUUGCUCGCGCCCAGUCGUCUGAUGGUGAUAACGACUCUGAGGAGAGCUACGUCGCCCAAGUACAGCUUCUCCUCCUUACCAAAACGGAUGUUGCGUAUACAGCGCUUGUUCUAGCACCUAUCCGGCAACAACCAGGGAAGGUGGAGGGCACUCAAGGGCAAGAUGUCGUGUACCAGCGGCUAGGGUUGGUAGAGAUGGAUUGCAUCCCAGGACGAUCGACGGGUUAUAUGGAGACGGCGGAUGGACUGAAAGAGCCGGUAAAGAAGCUGUGGAGGGCGAAGAAUCUUAACGCUGCAGCGAACCAAUCAGCAAUAGCUGCAGAGACCCAUCAGGGGCACGAUAAUAAGAUUGGAGGUCGCCAGCAGCUGUGCCAGCAAAGUGGUCUCUGUUUCGAAGAUGAUAAUGCCACGGCCCCUGCAGGAGACAACACCGUGUUUCAAACGUUCUCCACACCCUUUUCGCCAAACCCGCGCUCUCAUUCGUCCAUUAUUCCCCCUUCACCCACGUUCACUUCCGACUGCCGCCACGUUGAGUAA